UAGAUUUUAACCUUGCCGGUCAUUUUAUGUUCCAGAUUCAACCGCUCCAAAGUGUUAUAACUAAGAAAGAUACUGUCAGUUUAUUACUAGAAAGUGAGUCAUGUCUUGGAAAGGUAGCAUACAGAAUGCUGCAUUAUGUGUUGGAAUUGCAGGAGUUACUUUAUUGGCAGUAAGGCGAGCUGUUUUGUAUUUUCGAACUCGAUGUCCGAGUAGAGCUCUUAUGGUUGGUAAAACUGUUAUUGUUACAGGUGCUAACUGUGGUAUUGGGUACGAGACUGCCCUAGAUCUUGCAGGCAGGAAAGCUCGGGUUAUCCUAGCAUGUAGAGAUCUAGGUAAAGCUCAGACAGCAGCGACCAGGAUAAGUAAAAUUACAGGAAACACUGAUGUAUUGGCAAAAAAAUUAGACUUGGCAUCACUCAAAUCUGUACAGGAGUUUUGUAGUGACGUCAACAAAACUGAACCAAAACUAGAUGUUCUUAUAAACAAUGCUGGUGUAAUGAAUUGUCCAUUUUCUCUGACUGAAGAUGGUUUUGAAAACCAUUUAGCUGUGAAUCAUUUCGGAAACUUCUUGCUUACGAACUUACUAAAAGACUUACUUUACAAAGCAGAAGACAGCAGGGUAGUUUUUGUAUCGUCUGCUCUUCAUAAAUAUGGUACAGUGAGAUUAGAAAACCUUAACAGUGAAGAAAACUACAAACAUGGAAAACCGUAUGCUGACAGUAAAUUAAUGAAUCUCCUUUUCGCAAGAGAAUUUCAUAACCGAUUUGGAAAAGACGGUAGAAUUUGCGUUUACUCAAUGCAUCCCGGCAUGGUUAGAACAAGACUUGGACGAUACACCAUCUUGUAUAACCGAUACUUUCAGAUUUUUGGAUUCCCUCUGUAUGCCUUACUUUACUCAUUGUAUUUCCUAUUGAUCAAAUCGGCACGAGAAGGCUGUCAGACCGUGGUGUAUUGUGCUGUUGCCCCAGAACUUCAAGGACAAUCUGACUGUUACUAUGGUAACUUCAAGAAGGAGCCUUGGAGUAAGCCAGCUAGUGACCUUGACCUUGCAAAGAAAGUUUGGGAAAUCAGUGAGGACAAAAUAAAAUGUUCUGACAAAAUGCAAUAGAUUAAUUUAAAACUUACAAGCUAAACAAUAACAUAUCUUGAUAAAUGUAUAAACUACAAGUACAUGUAUGCAAUUUUGAUCAUGACACAAUUAUCCACACUGUUAACAUAUUCACAGAUGCAUUCAAAGUUGUUAUUUAAAAAGAAAAGAAGAAAUGAAAACAAGUUGUUACUUAAACCUGUUAAGUGAGAUAUAUAUAUACUUUUUUUAUCCUGCAUGUUUGUAACAUCAGAUUUCAUUGGACGGUCAUAAUGUUAAUAUUUUCUUAUAUUCACAACUGCAUCAGAUUUAUGAAUUAGUAUCAAUUUUAAUCAAAGGUAGAAAUUGUUGAGAAUUAUUUAUUUCAUGCUUUUCAGUGUUUUACAGAAAUAUAUCAGUGAGAUAUAAACUGAUAAUUUCACUGUUUGAAACAGUGAAAUUAUCAAUUUGAUAUUUUCACUGUUUUGAAUUUAAGCCAUUUUCGUUGUUUCAGUAUUAUACCAGCUUGCACAUGUACUGAAAACAAACUUAAUGAUGUGACGUCAUAAAUGACGUCACAUUAAAUAAUUAUUUGGCGCACUUUUCAUUUAGUACUAGGUUAAAAUGUCUUUUUGAAUGUUUCUUUGCAUAUAAUAAAAAGUUUAGUUUAGUGAAAGAUCGAAAUAUAUUUCACCUCGAGAACACCUGUGCCACUCUUGAAAUAAACCUUUUGAUGCUCACUUGUUGAAAUAUAUUCUGAUCUUACACUGAACUAAACAAAAUUUAAUGUCCUCUAUAUAUUUAUUAUUUAAGAAAUAAUAUAUCCCAAACAGUGAUUUUAUCGCUCAAUAACAUCACUGUUUGGAGUUCGGAUGCAAGGAAUUAUAUCACGAGGGCGUAGCCUGAGUAAUAUAAUGAUGUGCAUCCGAACGACAAACAGUGAUGUUAUCAAGCGAUAAAAUCACUGAUUGGGAUGUACUAGUAUUAUUUCAAUUCUAACACAACAUUAACAAAUAAAUGUUGCGAUACUUGAUAGUUAAGCAAAAUUGCGCCUGAUUUGUUUCCGAACUUAUUUUCAGCGCGUCGGAUUUUUAGUGGUUACGUCACGUGUAUAAUGAUUAUGUCACAUGUCUAAAUAUAGAACGUCAAACUGUGCAUCUGUUGCAUAAUAACACACACUUUCUAUUCUUCUAUGUUUAAUAGGGAAAAAUGCGGGUCGUGUUAGAAUUAGACUUUUAACAUGUUAUAUCAUUACAUGGCUGACAUUAGCUAUGGCUGUUUAUAAUGGCUGUUAGCUAUUUAACCCUAACCUAACAAAGUGGGUUAAAGGCGGGGUUAUUUAAGCUUAAACCUGUAUGUAAUAAAGAUGAUUUUUGACAGGUUAUAUGGCCCCUAUAGAAACAGUUGUUUUGAAAUGUAGCAAUGGUUGUAUUGCAAACAACAGUUUAUAUAUGACCACGUAACCUGUCAGAAAUAUUUAUAGCAAAAAAUUUUAUAUUGAAACAUUGAAACAAAUUUUUAACAUCGAAAAGCAUUGACUUUUAAAUAAAUUAAAAAUUAUGAAUGAAUGAGCUGAAGUUGCGCAAUGUGAUUUUAUCUUCAUAUUCUUGGAUUGUUGCUAUUAUAUUUGUCAGUUAAUAUAUAUACACUAUAUUAAUGUUUGGGUGUGUAUGUGUGUGUGUGUGUGUGCGUGCAUAUGUAUUUGUUAGAUGUUUAUGUACUACUAUUUAUAUUUUUUUUUAUGUCCAAUUGAUAUGUUAACUACAAUGAUAAUAUAGUGCUGCAAAAUUAAUAAAUAUGAGAAAUAA